AUGAAGACUGUGUACCGGAGCGCUGUAGCAUUAGAUCAAUGCGGUGAUAAAGGCGUACGAGCUGCGCUUACUGCGCAGGCGACUGCGAGCGCUUUCCUGCAGAGGUAUGACCGCAGGGAACUGCAGGAGCUGCUCGGUCUCACCUCCUGCAACUGGCUGCUCAGUGGAGAUGAACACAGACUGCACGUGGAUGCACCUCCGGGCAUCAUCAGACGAAUGCGCAACAUCUCAGAUCCCAACAUCGUCAUUCUUGCUCCCAUUGACUCACGUUUGCCCCUAGACUACAGGGUUGUUCACCAGAUAGUAAGAGAGCUGACUGUGGGAAUAUAUGGGUUUAACCAACUUCCAGUUAUCAGUCUCGAGCCCAACUAUGACCGGAGCUCCACGUGCCAGUUACCGCCAGCGUAUUAUGAUACAAAAGUUGGACAGAUUUUAAUAAAUGUAGAUUAUACCAUUAAGACUCUCUGGCACGGAUGUUAUAUUUCUAAGGAAAAGCGUGUAUGCUUCUCAGAGUUAUGGAGAAACAUCAUGGGUGUGAAUUCAGAUGGUGUGCCUCAGACCAAGAAAGAUGCGCUGUCAGAGUUUCUCAAUGCAGGUUUUAUGGACAUCUCACAGGAUCCCUGCUAUCACAACAUUUAUGAGGACACAGAUGUAGACCCAACUUACGAGCCCAACAGCGUAGAUGAAGAGAAUCUCUUCUCAAAAUACUCAGAGAACGUCCUGAUAAAGUUGAGCUCCUACCUGACCUCUAUCCGACAGCACCAAAAUCUGUUCGUGUUUAACGGGACUCACAGCCUGUCUAACGUUGUUCGACUCACUGAGGAUGAGAUUGAUCUAUCCACCUAUCAGAGGUUACAGAAAAGACUGUCCGGUCACAUUCGACUGGUGAGAAGUCGCCUCGGACGAAAUGCAGAAGUCUCAAGGGAUCUCGCCUACCUUAAACUGAUCACGUUCCUGGUGCCCCUGCUGAUCUCCUUAAGAAAAAAGAUGUUGAUUCCUAACCUGUCUCAAAUGCUUCCACCUUUGUCAGAGGACAAGCUGAAAACCGAACGAGAGGUACCCCCACAUAUUCUCGGACCGGACUUUGCAUGCAAGCACUUUCCAUACAAACAAGAUCAGUAUUUUCACCUACAUGGAGGGAUUGAAUUGGAUGUCGGUACUCCUCCACUGGAUGAGAUUACUGAGGAAAUGAAGGUGGCCUUCAGAACACUUCAUACAGAAGCUCCAAAUUACCUGCACGAGCUGCUUCAUCAUGACCCCACGUACAAAACACACUUUUCAAUUCCACUCAGUGAGAUUGAGGACAAAAGCUAUAAUGUCAUCUGCAUUGAGUUAGAGUCACUCUAUCCCCAGCAUAACACGAUUCAAUGGUGGGGAGCAUUAAACUCUAGCAUCAAAACCCUCAAAGCAAAGAAACUUCCUCUGACUGAGAUUGAGCUACACGAACAGUUCAAGAGAACGUUUGGUUACACGAAAGCUAUGAAUUGCAAGAACGUGGCGUUUGGACUGAAGUCAGCGGCAGAGAGAGGACUUUCAGCGGCGUUUUACUCAUUGAGUCGCAGGAACUCUCCCUCACACCUGCAUGGCCUCGAUGAGAAGGGUCUCUCUCUGGUGCACUACGCGGCAGCCAAUAACAAAACACACAUCAUCGUGCAGCUGGCUACAGCAGAUGUGAACCUCAACCAGACACGCAGCGGGAGAUUUACUAACAUGGGAAAACCAGAUGAACUUCAGUUCAUAGAAGGAGUAGGGCUCACGCCAAUGCACCUCGCUGCACAGUGCGGUUCUCUCGAGUCUCUAAACUGUCUUCUUGCCCUGCGAGCAGACUACAAAGUUGUGGACAGGAGAGGCUGGAUGGCCAUUCAUUUUGCUGCAUUUUACGGCCAGGUGGCAUGUAUCCAAGCCCUAUGCAGAAAAGAUCCUACUCUACUGGACUUGAAAACGACUGCUGAGUAUCGCAGUUCACCACUGCUGCUGUCAGCUACCUCAGGUUCAGCGGAGGCUAUGGGAUUUUUGUUGUCCACUGGGGCAAACUGGAGAGAUGAAGACAGCAGGGGAAACAAUGUAGUCCAACUAGCUGCGCUUUACUUUCACACAGAUGUUCUAAGACUCCUCAUACAGCUGAACCUGGACGGGUUGUCGGUGUGGAAGAUUCUUGUUGAGAUGAUUCAUAGUGAGGACUCCAAGAGACUUGAGAUGGCUCUUAGAUGCCUUGAGGUUCUUUGUGUAAACACUGAAUCCUUCUGUGAAGACAUCAUGAAAGCAGGAGGUGUUCCAGUCUUGGUGGGCCUACUGUCUGCAGGUACACAGGUGGUCCAGUGCAUGGCUGCAGCAGUGCUGUGUCACAUGACAGAGAAUAGCAAAGUUGGUGAAGAUCUGGUGCAUUAUGGGGCUAUGUCGGUGGUGAUCAACCUUCUCAAGAGCCACCAGCCAGAACUGCUCUCUCGCUGUGCUGUCAUACUGGCUGAUCUGGCAGGACAUAGCGAUCAAUACCAAAACCUUAUUGCUCAACUGGGUGGUGUGGCCCUGGUAGUUAAGCUCCUGACCUCUGACCUCCAAGAUGUGCUAGUAAAUGCCAUGAGGUGCAUCUGUGCAUUAUGUGCCAGAAACCCAGGAAAUCAAUUUGCCAUCGUACGCGCUGGAGGAAUCCCACAUCUUGUUGAAUUUCUUUCUGUGAACUCUGUUUUGCAGGAGGAGGCCUGCUUGGCUCUGGCAGAGUUGGCUUGGGAUCACAAGGAGAACCAGGAGCUCAUCUGUGCCGCAGGCGCGGUCGGUGCCCUGGUGCAGGCACUGCGAGGGAGGCGGAUACCUGCUCAGGUCAAAGCAGCCAAAGCACUUGAAUCUAUAGCCAGGCAUAAUCCUGCUGUACAACAGAGCUUCCUCCAGCAAUCUGCUGACAAAUAUCUUUUACAACUUGUUAAGGUGUUUCAGGUGGACGUUCGGGAACAGGCUGCAGCAUCUCUGUGGGCUUUGGGUGGACAAACUCUAAAACAACAGAAAGUCAUGGCAGAGCAGAUGGGCAUCUCGCUCAUACUUGACCUUCUCCUCUCCUCCUCAGACAAGAUGCAAUACGUGGGGUGCCAAGCGGUGAUGGCUUUAAGCCGGGAUAGCUGUGCCCAUCAGAAUGCUUUUUGUGAGGAGAACGGGGUACCACCGUUGGUGCGUUUGCUUCGAGGGUCUCGAACAACACAGAAGACCCUGCUUAGUGUCAUCAAAGCUCUGGGAUAUCUGUGUAUCGGAGUGGCGCUUACCGCUAAUAAAAAUAGUCAAAAGAUUAUUUGGAGUGAAAAGGCCAUUCCUACAUUGUUAGAGAUUUUAAAAUCUCAUGAGUCUUUGCAGGUCAAGGUGCAGGUGGUUCAGACGCUUGCCUUUGUGCUGCUGGGGAACCAGAAACUCCAGAAAGCAUUUUGGGAACACGAGGACUUCUCUUAUGAGAUUAUUCUGGAUCUCCUGAAAGCUGGAGACAAAAACAUUUGCCUGGAGGCUGGAUAUGCAUUAUCUCUAUUUGUAUUCCACAACAAAUCUCAGCAGAGGGCGAUUGGACAAAUGAAUGCAAUUCCAAUGAACACAUAUGAGACCUUUUUGAAUUCAGACAAUGAGAUUGAAAGAGCGAAUGCAGCGUUCCAGUUGAUUUGGGGAAACCGAUUCAUCACACUGUCACUCCGCUGCUGGAAGACAUCUGCUUCCCUGUCACUUCUUGUUUCCAUGAUAGACAAAUAUAAAGAUUUCUUUGGAAAAGCUCAACCUUUCUUUGGAAUGUUGCUGUGAUAGUAAUCACAUAAAUUCAUUUACAGAUAAAUAACAAAUGAGUUUGAUAUAAAGUACAAGUUACUUAUGGCUGAAAGGGAUAGUUCACCCAAAAAGAAAAAUUCUGUCAUGAAUUACUCGACCUCAAGUAGUUCCAAACCUGUAUAAAUGUAUUUGUUAUGAACACAAAGAAAGAUAUUUAGAAGAAUGUAAGCAAUUGAGAUUUUCAGGGUAGUCAAAGGUGCCUCAGAUCUGUUAGUUUUCUUAAAUUCUUCUUUUGUGUUUAACAGAACAAAAAAAAUACUGUUAUUUUUUCUACUUGUAGUCAAUGGUGCCUCAGAAAUCUCAGUUGCUAACAUUUUCCCAAAUAUCUUUCUUUGUCUACAACCAAACAAAUAAAUGUAUACAGGUUUGGAACAACUUGAGGAUGAGUUUUGGGGUGGACUAUCCCUUUCAGUAUGUUAUUGAGGGGAAGAUAAAAAGCGAUUUUAAGUUCUUCAAAAUUAAGACAGUACAAAAUGUUUCAAUGAAUGCCUUAAAAAACAGCAGUUAAAUAUAUUUUAUUUUUAUUUUACUUGAAUCUUGAAUACAGAAAAUUUGAACAAUGAUAUGAAUAUAUGAAAUGUGUGUGUUUGCAGUAGUUUAACAGCUCUUUCACACGCAUACAAACACUGUUGAAGACAAGGGUCUUUUCACUAGGGUCUGCUGUCAGCUGUGCAUUUUACUAUUAUAUGAAUGUCCUCCCCCACUGGCUUUCCCACAGAGACUGAGUGUGAAGGAAUUAGAAGAAAAAUGACACAGAGGACAGAAUUAUUUAAGAUGCCUGUCCAGGACAAUGAGAGCUUGAGGCAUAUCUAAUAGUAUAAGGGUCAAAGUUCAGCUCGACUCUGCUGCUGGGGAAAAUAAAAUAUUAGGGUCGUGCUCUUUUCCUCAGCCAUAGCAUCUCUACCCAUUAUUUGGUUUAAAUCUCUGUCUGUGCCUCAUACCUUUCCUUCAAGAAUAAACUUUGUGUAUCUGCUGAGGCCCCACAAUCUUCUUAGUGCUAAUUUUGAUUUGUCUUUU